CCCUCUCCGCUCUCCCCGCGGCGCUCGGCGGCUCCGGGGGUGGCGGCGGCGCAGCCGUGUGCGAGGCUGCCCGGGCAGGCGAGCCCCAGCCCCGCUUCGCCGCCUCCCGGGCUGCCCCCGUUUCGCCGGUGCUCGGGAGAUGCCGCUCGGCGGGCGGAGACCCGCGGCUGCCCUGCAUCAUCUCCUCCUCCUCCUCCUCCGCGGCAGCGGGGACCUCUGAACGCGCUGAGAAGCUGCUGCUGUGAGACCCCAACAGCUCUUCCCAACAGCUCCGAAGGGCAAACGCGAGUGUGAGCUCCUGCCUGCGACUGCAGCACGAGGUACCUGCUCUUGGCCUCCAGGUCCAUCGCUUCCACAGAGCAGCCCAGAGAGCCCAACGCGAGCACCACAGGAGGAGCUGGGCUGAAUAAAAGACUGUGCGCUCAGUGCCAGUGUCUAAUGGCACCGAAGUGAACAGCCGAGCGCUGCUCCCGGGGCGCGCGGCGCAGCCGGCCUGCCGCAGAUGAAUCCCUCCUAAUAGCGCCGAGGGGUCGGGAGGGACGGCCGAGGAGGGGAGAGCCCGAGGGGCGAGCCGGGAAGACGAGGAUAGCGGUGUGCGGAAGAGGACGGACCCGCGAGCAGCUUCACGGCUACCUGUCGACACAUGCUGUGCUCCAUGGCUAACUCGGGCUGCCUCCUUGUCUCCAACUCAGGCAUGCUUCCUCACUCUCUCCCCUGUCCUCCAGCCUUCCUCUACCUCCAACAGGGUAACCAGGACGCCACGGCUCCGCCGGACGCGAUGGCUCAACCCUACCCCCCGGCCCAGUAUCCCCCACCCCCCCAGAACGGGAUCCCCGCAGAAUAUGCACCGCCGCACCCCCACCCCACGCAGGACUACUCGGGGCAAAGCACAGUACCGGAGCACGCCAUGACCCUCUACACACCAGCACAGAGCCACGCCGAGCAGCCAGGCACCGACGCCAGCACACAGUCCAUAGCAGGGACACAGACGGUACCGCAGACAGACGAGGUGGCACAGACAGACAGCCAGCAGCUACACUCCUCAGACAACACAGACAAGCAGCAGCCCAAGAGGUUACACGUCUCCAACAUCCCCUUCCGAUUCCGGGACCCCGACCUGCGGCAAAUGUUUGGGCAAUUCGGGAAGAUCCUGGAUGUGGAGAUCAUUUUCAAUGAGCGGGGCUCCAAGGGUUUUGGGUUUGUAACUUUUGAAACUAGCACAGAUGCCGACCGGGCACGGGAGAAGCUGAAUGGCACCAUCGUAGAGGGCCGGAAGAUUGAGGUGAACAACGCCACAGCCCGAGUCAUGACGAACAAGAAGGCUGCCAACCCCUACACCAACGGCUGGAAGCUGAACCCAGUAGUGGGAGCAGUCUAUGGCCCUGAGUUCUACGCAGUAACAGGGUUCCCAUACCCUGCCACGGGGACGGCCGUGGCCUACCGAGGGGCACACUUAAGGGGACGAGGACGUGCUGUCUACAACACCUUCCGAGCUGCACCGCCACCGCCACCCAUCCCAACCUAUGGCGCGGUCGUCUACCAGGAUGGGUUCUACGGAGCUGAGAUCUAUGGGGGCUAUGCCGCCUACCGAUACGCCCAGCCCGCAGCAGCAGCAGCAGCGUACAGCGACAGUUACGGCAGAGUGUAUGCAGCAGCAGACCCAUACCACCACACUAUCGGCCCCGCCGCCACGUACAGCAUCGGCACCAUGUGAAACCGCGGCUGUUUCCUUCUGGGACCAGGAAGGGCAAAAUAAAAAAAAUAAAAAAUCCACAUACACAAAAAAAAAAAAUUUCAAAAAUUAAAAAAAUCAAAAGCAAAGCAACAAAAUAAAAGAAAAAGCAAAGCGGCAACAGCCAAGUGAAAGUCCCAUACUGUCCACACACGCACCGAGCGAGCGAGUCCCGGAGGAGCGCCGCAGCGAGCACGGACCAGCCGGACGCGCCAGAGGGGUCCCUCUCCGCCCCGGCCCCGCAGCCCGCGGUAGGGAGGGAGAGCCGGGGGCGUCCGGAGGGGCCUCUGCCCACCCAGGCGCAGGGCCUGGGCACCACGUCUUCCUUUCAGCCCCGGCAAGGCGGCGCUGGGGGUGCCGGUGGAGUGCCGUGGCACGCCGCCCCUUCCCCAGCUUUGGGGACUGGGCACUGGAGUGGGAACCCGGCUUUGUGUUUCCCACCAGUGCUUGCCGGUCAUCAGUGUGUCGAGUGUGCGAGGCCUCGGCUCCCAUGCGGAGCUGGGGCAGCGGUGCAGCCGCUUUGCUGAGGCGCUGGGCGUUGCAGGGGGGUGAGCCUCUGCCUUUUAAAGGGAAUUUUUGUUAAGAGGAGCUUGCAACUCGCUUGCGAUCCCUUUCCCCUCCUUUCCCUCCCUUCCAUCCCCUGACGCACCCGGGGCUCCCACCCUGCAGGGAGCAGCCCUGACCAACGCCGCUUGCGCUGAGCCAGGAUGGGGACUGCCCCAAUCCCACUCCCACCAGCUCCGCGGCGUGAGAUACGUUCGUGGCCGCCGGUCCCUGCCCGAGACAGUGGGACCCCACCAUUGCAUCACCCGCGGGGACAAGCCUGAGCCCUGGGGUCGCUCUGCAGCAGCUGGGACACUGGGUUCGGUGCCUGGUGGCAUGGGGCACCGCGGAGCCCUCCCCGGGGUGCAGCCCCCUCCUGUGGGGUGGCCUCGCGCUCAGCCCCCCACCCCGCGUGGCUCCGCCACUCCUCAAACCUCACUUUAUAGUCUGCAGAUGCCCCCGAUGCUCCAGCAAUGAGCUCCCCCUUUUCUAUUCCCAUUGUACAUAUUCCUGGCCCCCCCCAGCCCCAUAACCCCCCUGUACAAAGCUCCUUCCAUCGCUGUACUGGCUUCUUCCUUACAGGAAACCCCUGCGCCGGCCGCCGGCACGCAGGCUGGUGCCGGCCCAUCCUGUAUGCUUCAAAGGUGUGACCAUUCUAAUAAACAGU